ACGCCGCUGGCUCGCCGCUUCCCCGCGACUCCACCCCUCCUGCAGACGAAGGCAUGGCGAGCACCGAGGCCAGAAGGGAGUGUGAGACUGAGGGCUGCAGCAAGGACGCCAAACUCCAGUGUCCCACAUGCAUCAAGCUCGGCAUUCAAGGCUCCUAUUUCUGUUCACAGGAAUGUUUCAAAGGGAGCUGGGUGUCCCACAAGUUGCUGCACAAAAAAGCAAAGGAUGACAAGAACCAGAAUGAAUCCAAGAACUGUGUGGAGACGGACAUCAACACAGACCCAUGGCCCGGCUACCGCUACACGGGGAAACUACACCCUCACUACCCACUGACUCCCAUGAGGCUCGUGCCCGGUGACAUCCAAAGACCUGACUAUGCUGAUCACCCCAGAGGGAUAUCUGAGUCAGAGCAGUUUCUGAAGGGGACGUCACAGAUCAAGAUCCUUUGUCCCGAGGACAUCGAAGGCAUGCGAAUAGUGUGCAAGCUGGCACGAGAAGUCCUGGACAUCGCAGCCCUGAUGGUGAAAGUGGGUGUUACAACGGAAGAGAUCGACCACGCUGUGCACCUGGCUUGCAUAGCCAGGAACUGCUACCCCUCCCCUCUCAACUACUACAACUUCCCCAAGUCCUGCUGCACGUCUGUCAAUGAAGUCAUCUGCCAUGGCAUCCCAGACAGGAGACUAUUACAAGAGGGAGAUAUUCUCAACGUGGACAUCACCGUCUACCACAACGGUUUCCAUGGCGACCUUAAUGAAACCUUCUAUAUUGGCGAGGUGGAUGAGGAAGCGAAGAAGCUGGUUCUGACCACAUACGAAUGCCUUAUGCAAUCCAUCGACUCUGUGAAGCCUGGUAUUCGCUACAGAGAAUUAGGUAACAUCAUUCAGAAGCACGCUCAGGCCAACGGCUUCUCUGUGGUGCGGAGCUACUGCGGCCACGGCAUCCAUAGACUUUUCCACACCGCUCCCAAUGUGCCACAUUAUGCCAAAAACAAAGCAGUUGGAGUAAUGAAGCCUGGCCACGUGUUCACCAUUGAGCCCAUGAUAUGUGAAGGUGGCUGGCAAGACGAGACGUGGCCCGACGGCUGGACGGCGGUGACCAGAGACGGGAAGCGCUCGGCUCAGUUCGAACACACCCUGCUGGUGACGGAGACCGGCUGCGAGAUCCUCACCCGCAACAUGGAGGACAACGGUCGCGCUCACUUCCUCAACCAAAUGUAGGCCGGACUUGAACGCACCAAGGACUGGACUUUCCAGACACUGACACCCAGCACCUCUGGGAUU